AUGAUGAACUCUGAUAGAAAGAAAGUAUUAUUAAUGGGGAGAGCAGGAGCAGGGAAGACAUCCAUGAGGAGUAUAAUCUUUGCAAAUUAUCUCCCAAAAGAUACAAGUCGAUUAACAGCUACAAAUAAUAUAGAACAUUCUCAUUUAAGGUUUUUUGGAAAUAUGGUAUUAAGUCUUUGGGAUUGCGGAGGGCAGGACAUUUUCAUGGAGAAUUAUUUCGAGAGUCAAAGAGAGCAUAUUUUCAGAAAUACAGAAGUUUUAAUUUAUGUGUUGGAAGUUAGAAAGAAGGACGACUACUCUUCCAAACAGAUAAAAAAAGAUUUGGAUCAGGAUUUUGCUUACUUUAAAAGCACAAUAGAGAAUUUAAAGCUUCUUUCCCCUCAGUCCCAUUUGUUUUGUUUAGUUCACAAGAUGGAUAAACUUUCAGUAAAUGAUAGAGAAUCUGCGAUAGAUUAUUAUGAAAGAGAAAUAGGAAAGAUUGCAGCAAAUAUGAAGUACAGGGUUUUCCCCACAACGAUCUGGGAUGAAACUCUUUUUGCAGCUUGGAGUGAAAUUGUAUAUGCAUUGAUACCUAAUGUUGGGCUUCUAGAGAAGAAUCUCAAGAUUUUAGCAGAAUCUUGUAACGCAGUAGAGUUAGUUCUCUUUGAGAAGUCCACAUUCCUUGUAAUUUCUCAUGCAGAUAAUUUGAAUACUUUGGAUUCAAAGCAUCACAGAUCACGUUUUGAGAGGAUUUCAAAUAUUUGUAAGCAAUUUAAACUAACCUGUGCAAAAUCUCAGACAAAUUUUGUUGGUAUAAACUUGGAAACACCUCAUUUCUCUAGUAUAAUAAAAAGGUUUACUCAAAAUUCAUAUAUACUGGUAGUUAUUAACGAUAAAAGUGUAACCUCUGCAUCUGCCUUAUAUAACAUAGAAUAUGCCCGAGACCACUUUGAAACUAUUAUUGCUUCUCAUCUUAAUAGUGAGAUCAAUAAGUAA